UCUCGAGCUCGACUCUAUAUCGACUUGAAAAAAUUAUAAGCCUCAGCGGUUAGUAGUUUCAAACUGACGAUUCAGUUAGUGUCGCGCAUACAAUCGGGCAAGGUGGAACGGAUCAGCCAACACUAUAGAUACAUUUUGAAAGUAUCUCAGAGCUCUCUGCAAAAAUUUCCUCUUUCAUUUCUUUUAAAAUUUUUUGUUUCGGGUACCGUCGUCGAUACCCAAAAUACUGGUUUCCCAACCACUCCAUACCUCGAUUAUACCUGUGUGAACAGAGAUUGCGCUGCUCAAAGUGAGGUCAUUUGUGUGUGCCACGUUUUAGAAUGGCAGCAGUUGAAGUCCGAAAUGGAUACAAAUAUUAUGGCAGCUCAUCGAAUCCAAAGAUAAUAUUAAAUUAUCUGAAUAUGAAUGUUAUGCGUGGAUCAAUUUAUGGUCUCCUUGGUGCGUCAGGUUGCGGCAAAACAACACUUCUAUCGUGCAUUGUGGGCCAACGUCAAUUCAAUAGCGGAGAUGUGACAGUGCUUGGACUACAACCCGGCUUACCGGGAAGUGGAAUUCCAGGAGCACGUAUUGGAUAUAUGCCACAAGAAAUAGCUUUGGUUGAAGAAAUGACUGUCAAAGAAACCAUUUAUUACUUUGGACGAAUAUAUGGUCUGAAUGAUGAAAAGAUUCGCGAAAAGUUCAAAAUACUACGUGACCUGCUUCAGCUACCUCCACCAAAGCAAUUAGUGAAAAAAUGCAGCGGCGGCCAACAGCGGAGAGUAUCAUUUGCUUGCGCAAUGAUUCAUGACCCUGAACUUUUGAUAUUAGAUGAACCUACAGUUGGACUUGAUCCCAUGCUGAGAGAAAAAAUCUGGGAAUUUUUAGUAGAAUCAACACGAAAUAGUAAAAUGGCUGUGAUUAUAACAACCCAUUACAUUGAAGAAGCCAAACAAGCUAAUUGUAUUGGUUUAAUGCGAAAUGGAGUAUUACUCGCUGAAGAUACACCAACAAAUAUAAUGGCAAGCUUUGAAGUCAAUUCUAUAGAAGAUGCAUUCUUAUACUUAAGUUCGAGGCAGGGAAAAUCUGAUGAAGUCGAUGCUAGUACAAUUACAAGACGACAAGUGCCGGCGGCGAUAACACCAGCAAUAACAUCGGUCGAUGUGAGUGAACCAGAAGUUUACGAGGACAAGAAUGCAAAUAUUGAAAAAAUUGAGAAACCUCCUCUGGUUUUUCACGAGAACAAACGUAAAGUACUCUUCACAACACAAGGAAGAGUGAAGGCUCUGAUGACAAAGAAUUUCGUUCAGCUAUUCAGACAGCCAUCAGGGGUAAUCUUUAUGUUAAUGUUUCCUAUAAUACAACUGUCAUGUUUCUAUUUGGCAAUUGGAAAGACACCUGGCAACUUGAAAAUUGGCAUUGUGGACAAUGAAAUUGCAGAUUACGAAUCAUGUUUUACACAUAAUUUCAAAUCAGUUUACAAUCGAAAUGGUACUUGUAUGUUUCAUAAGAUAUCAUGUCGAUUUAUAACGGAAUUAGGUGAUGACAUGGCUGAAAGGGUAUUUUUCAAUAGUACGGAAGAAGCUCUGGCAGCAGCUAAACGAACUGAUGUUGUUGGAUUUUUACAUUUCCAAUCGAAUUUCUCCGAAGCGAUGCAAGAAAUUUUAGAUAAAGGAAGUUAUGCCGAAUCGAGUGCUUUCAAAUGGGGAGAACUUACAGUUCGAAUUGAUAUGACGGAUCAACAAAUAGCUUACUUUAUCGAACGUCGUUUAAGAGGUGCAUUUAGUACGUUUAUGAAAAAUAUUCUUCAGGAUUGUGAUUUACCAACAUCAUUGGCCAAUACUCCAAUUCAGUUUCAGGAACCAAUUUAUGGAUCACUUGAUAUUGAAUUUCAACAAUAUGUUGCUCCAGGUGUUGUGAUGACGAUGGUAUUUUUCUUGGCAACUUUAAUGACGGCAGCUGUUUUCAUAUCUGAAAGAAUGGAUGGUGUUUGGGAUAGGACGCUUGUUGCAGGUGUCUCUGCAACUGAAAUGCUCUGGGCUCAUCUUCUAACGCAAUUCAUCAUAAUGAUGUUCCAGUCCUUCGAAGUGAUUAUGUACAUUGGACUUGUUUUCGAUACUUACAAUAGAGGUGACACAGUAACGCUCAUUGGAUUGUUAACUCUAACAGCUUUUUGUGGAAUGUUAUUUGGACUAUUGAUAUCGGUGUAUUGCCGGUCACAUACGACUGCAAAUUUUGUUGCAACUGGAGCCUUUUAUCCAAUGAUUAUUCUAUGUGGUCUUCUUUGGCCACUAGAGGGCAUGCCAAAAGCUCUGCAAGAAGUCGUUAUGUUCUUCCCAUUCACAAUACCUUCAAUAUCAGCCAGAAAUAUAAUUGAGAAAGGCUGGUCAAUCACAAAUUCUCAAGUCUACAAUGGUUUCAUUGUGAUGACAGCGUGGAUUCUAAUUUUCUUUAUUGCAUGCAUAUUGGGCUUAAAACGAAAGGCAUAGGAGUCCACAUAUUUGCUUAACCUCAUCUCCAAACGACACACAAUUUAUUUUUCAUUUGUUUAAUUUGUAAGAUAUAACUUAAUGUAUAUUUUCUCUCUCUCCCUUUGUUAUAUUCUACAUAAAACACAUUCCUUUGUAUCUAUAUUUAAAAAACAAAAAUCAAAAUCAUGUUGAAAAUGUUGUACCUUUUUAAGUAUGUAAACAUUUUAGCACAUUCAUUCAUAAUUAUAAUAAUUAAGGCUAUAAAAAAAUCUUUUAAAAAAAAAGCAAAAAAAAAAACAGCAUACACAUUCAAAAUCAUGCAUGGGGAAGUGAUGAUUUUUCAUUGAUGUAAGGGUUUUAUUUAAUUAUUUAGUUCGCUAGUUAUUAGUUUUUAGAUGAAUCUUUUGUAUACAAAUCUUCUGUUUAAUAUUUUUAGUGUUAUUGCAAUAUGUGAUUAAAAAAAGAAAUAAAAGUAAACUAAUUGA